AUGCUGUGCAAAUUCCAUUUUCUACUUGGUAAUUAUCAUCGCAUGAAGUGCAUUCAGUGUCAGAUAUACAAUCAUUACAAUGAGCUGAACAAGCUACACAGGUCGUAUUAUUUAAAUAAUGGCCUAUUUUGCAUUAUGAACAAUUAUUGGAGGAAGUUUCACAUAACAAGCAAGAUGGAUCGCAGUUUUCACAUUUUGAACCAUCAAGAUAAUAUCCAUUUUUGCAAGAUUAACAAUUUGUGUUUCCUGCAUUUGAACAAUUUACACAUGGAUGUUCACACAGCAGGCAACUAGUAUUCUACAAAUAAUAUCCAAGGAUGCAUGAUGAACAGGUAUUUAUUGUAGAACAAUUUAAGCAUGGUGCUGGACAAGGAGUACAUGCGGAGCCAUUCAAAUAAUAUUAAGGUUCACAAGAUUGACAAUUUGUGGGGACACCAACACAUAAUGUACAAGAUGUAUCACAGGGUUUGCAUAUUUUAUCACCACUAUCGAAGUAUUAUUUUUCUGGACAAGUACAAUUUGAACAAGCUAUUAUUUUAUAAAAAUUUAUAAAUUACUUGCACAUUUAUUUUCUUCAUUAACCACAUAUCCAUCAUCACAACUUAAACAGGCUCCAGUUGUAUUAGCGCAAGUGAUGCAAUGUUCGUCGCACUUAGUACAAGCAUAUUCAUUCAAGUAGUGUCCGAUAUUACAUGAAGUACAUUUUGUAGCCAAAUCCACACAAGUUUUACAGUCAGUCGAGCAUUCCUCACAGUCACCACCAAAGUAUCCAGAAGCACAAGCAUGGCAUGUUAAAGUAUUGUUUAAGUAAUCACAUGUUGAUUGGCAUUUUGGAGGGCAACCUAAGAAUCAAAACAAAUAAAUUACUUAAGCAUUUUGUUAUGUCAAGAUAAUAUUUUUCUUUGCAACUCGAGCAUUAAGUAACUUCUGGACCGUUACAAAUAGCACACUCUGAAGAACAUAAUUAGCACCCAGAUCCUUCAUAGAAAUACCCAUCAACACAGGUUAAACAUAUUGAACUAUUUUAGCAAUUUUUGCAAGGUUACUAACAAGCCUUACAGAUUUAUGAAUCCAAGAAGUAACCAUCUUUACACAUUGAGCAUUAAGUAUUUCCAGGUCCCGAACAUUCUGUGCAAGGAGAUUCGCAACGAGUACAACUUUUAUUUGAAUCAUUGUAAUAAUAUUCAGCAACACAAUUUAUGCAAGCUGUCUCUGAUUCACAAUUAUCACAUGGUGAUUUGCAAUGAGAGCAGGAAUUAUUAAUCAAGUAGUAUUUUGGUUAACAAGAUAAACAAUGAGUUGCUUCAUUUUCACAAUUUGCACAAGGACUGUCGCAUGCAGCGCAAACAGUGCCCUAUAAGAAGAAUCCAGCAGAACAUUAUUUGCAAAUACCAUCCAAAUAAUAAUUUUAUUGGCAAGAUGAACAUUCAGUAGCACUCGAACAUUUUGUACAUCCAUUUGGACAAGUUAAACAAGAGCUUCCGCCAUCUGAGUAAUAACCAUCAGCGCAAGAUUGGCAUUGAGUUUCAGAAGUGCAUGUUUUACAUUUAAUAUCACAUUUUCUACAAGCUUGGUUAUCAAACCAAUAUCCGGUGUUACAAGUAAUACAUUAAUUCUAAUUGUUGCACUCAGUACAUGGAGCAACACAGGGCAAGCAUGCAUUAUCCUCUAGGUAUUUUCCUUGAAGACAGGAUGUACAAUUUGAAUCACUAUUCAAACAUGACUUACAAUUGUUUGAGCAAUUAUAACAAUGUCCAGAUGAAUAGUAUUGAGUGA